AUGUCGACCGUCGCCAGUUCGCCGGCUGUUGCGACGCUGAGCUCGAGGGAUUCCAUCGUCAACGUCUUCGACACUUUCAGAGACGAGCUGGACGACUACCACGAUAGGAGGGAACGUCUCAUCAAGUCCAGCCGAGAUGUCACCAACCUCUCAAAAAAGGUCAUCUUCCUCUUGCAUCGCAUGAUGACCGAGGAUGCGUCUGAAUCUGACGACCACGCGCUUUCUAUGCGCGCUGUCUCUCGCGCGAAGGAGAAAUUGCGGGACAUCCAAAAACUGUUCGCCGGUAUGCGAGAGGAGGUAGCUGGCGACAAAUUUUGGCGAUAUCAGCGAAACGUCUCCCCGGGCCUGCAGGAAUACAUCGAAGCCUUGAGCUUUGCGCGUUACCUGGAGUUCCGGACGCUCAUAUCUUACGAUGAGGUGCAGAAGACCAUAUCCGAUGAAGACGGAAAACCAUAUUUCCCUCUGCCGAUGGAAGAUUACCUUCUCGGUCUAGCCGACCUUACAGGCGAACUCAUGCGUUACGCUAUCUCUUCCAUCUCGCGUCGAGGCGGGCGCUCCAAGGCAAGCGAGGUCUGCGUGUUUGUAAGAGGUUUAACCAUAGAUUUCGAGGUAUUUGUACCAUCCUUCAGAGAGCUUCGAAAGAAGCAGCAGGUCACAUCACAAUCCCUGGAAAAGAUAGAAGAUGUGGCAUAUGCAAUUGCUGUGCGCAGUUCUGAAUACGACCUGCCCCCAGAGCUGCUGGACGACAUUGUUGACAGGACGGUCUCGACCGCAGCAUAUGGGGGGAACAGAGAUGAGCGCGAUAGAAGAAGAAGGGGCGGACGAGGAAGAGAAGAUGAAUUUGACGAGGGGGACGACGACUGA